AUGGACUGCGGGCAAUGGCACCAUCCUGCCUGCAUACCACAUUGCCAGGUGGUCCUACGCCACUCGACCCCUACGUACGGCCUCCACACCCUCCCCCUUCGUGCCGCACGUACACACUCCGUCGGUGAUGGCAGCGUCACUAACCAAGGAAAACCGUCAGCCCACGGCACAUGGAGCUACCUGGGCAGAGACGGCACUACCCUUACUGGGUAUAUUCGGAUCCACCCAGACCACAUCACCCCCACACACUGCGAAGUCCACACCCUCCUGGCAGGUUUGCACCACUCUGGGGAUACAGCGUUCCAAAUCUGCAACAACACCACGGCCAUAGGUCUUGUUGUCCUGGCCAGGUCCCUCAAACGACGCGGGGGUCAACUUCGCUACAGCAACAUCCACCGAGUGGAACUUCGCUCGCUCAUGGCCCUAUUCAACCCAGUGGGCGCGUUUGCUGGCGACUGGAUCCGCGCCCACCAAGAUAGCACAAGUGCAACUGCCCCCUGGCUUGGCGCCAUCUACAGUCGGCAUGACUGGCACGCAGCACAUGCCAGUAAACCGGACGCCCGCCGCACCAUCCAGCCCCUCCGCCUCAACACCGGAGAAUUAUGCAAAUGGAACCUUCCUGCCCUCUCCUUCUACUGGCGGGCUAUCUGCUACACUCUCCACACUAACGUACGCAAACACCGCAUUCAACCACGGUGGGACCCCCACUGCCGUACAUGCCCGGCCUCCCUCGACACGCAGGAACACCGCUUUGGACUCACGCACCCGCAAUGCCCCACGGCGACUUCACUCACGCAAGAUCUCCUCCUCGCCCACAAGCCGUCAUACCCAAAGCAUGGCUCCCAGACCAAGAUAUCUACCUACAGGGAACGACGCUGA